GCCAGCGAAAGGUCACAUUUGUAGUCAAAACACAUGCAUGCAAACUGCUUGUGUAUUGUGUUUCAUUGUUGUUCUUGGGCUUCAUAACUUUUGAAAGUUGUUUACUCAUUUACCAGUUCCUUUACUAGCGUCAUAUGUGAUACUACAUUGUAAAACAACAAUCACUAACAGCUGUGUCAUAACUAGCCGCCAUAUGACAGCAUCACCAGCCCUGUCACAAUAUGAAAGUUUAAAUCUGAUAAUCUUAUAUUCAGGAUCAGGGUUUCUGAUUACCCCGAUAACUACUGAACAUAAGGUUCAGUAAGCUGACAGGAUUGCUGAAUACCUUCAAGAUCAUCUUAGCUAGAAAGUGCCAUUAAAUUGUGUUGUUAAAAGAACACACAUACAAAAAAAAGAUUAGAUUAUUUUUUGGCUGUUUGCCCGAGCAUGGUAUUUGAAUAGACCACUUUCACAUUAAAGUACGCAUGCGCCGUAACCUAUACUACGACAGGGACGCUGAACGAAAUCUCGCGUGACUAUCCGUUACUUGCAUUUGAGGGGGCAAGCGAAAAAGUAUGGCAGAGGCCAGGCCUAUGUAAUGGGCGGUCAUGAUCAUUGUUCUGUGUAUGGAUGUAGUAACCGUAGAUCAAAGAAUUCAGUAGUAUCGUUUUUUAGAUUCCCUGUAAAUGCACAUCGGAGAAGAUUGUGGAAAGUUGCCAGUCAGCGUGACGAAAAAACUUUAAGAAUUACUGAGCACACGAAGGUGUGUUCAGUCCAUUUUGUCACAGGUAAACCGUCGAAAGACUCCAAACAUGUUGACUUUGUGCCUACUCUUAAACUGCACAAACGUGAGAUAAGUGCUAAAUGCAGAACAUCUUCUACCAGUAAAAAGAUCUCAGAAUGGACGACUUCAGUUGAGAAAGGACAUAGUGUAUCGGCUAAUGUUACAACACCUGGGAAAAGAUGCCGGCGGCGCCUGGCCCCAUACCAGGUACCUGACAUUGGAAGUGAAGUUCAAAUUCCGUUACCCGAGACCGCAAAACAGUUUCCAGUUCCCUUGACCGAAAUACCCGAGGAAUCCUACUUUAUUGAUAGUCAAGACCAUGCAUACAAUGCGAGCUGGACAAGUGCACAUGCACCUUAUAAUGGACAACGCCCAUCCACCAUCUGUGAAGCUGGAACACAAGUCCCAAAAAUUGUGACAUCAGAUGUAUCAUCACAGACAUGUAGCAAUGUAUUAAGUGACUCCGUUUUACUUAAGCAGAAAGAUUCAUAUAUACAAACACUCAAGAAACAUAUACACAGGCUUGAGGACCAGAUUGUAAAUCAACCCUCAUCAUUUACAGCUAAGUCCAUGUUGACAAAUGAUAAAAGUGUGCAGUUCUGGACAGGACUACCAAACAAAGGUGUUUUUGAUUCCCUGUUUCAGUACCUAAAAGGGAAAGCUCAGAAUUUGAGAUAUGAUCGUGGGAAUGUGUCGGUUUCAAAUAACAGUAGUGAUUUGAAAGUAAAACCAGGGAAAAACAGGAAAAUAAGUUUGGAAAAUGAGUUUUUUGCUGUAUUGGUGCGAUUACGUGUAAAACUUCUCCUUACGGAUAUUUCUCAACGCUUAGGCAUAUCAGAGGCCCAUUUCUCUAAAAUAUUUUCCACAUGGGUUCGCUUCCUCAGAUUGGAAUUGUCAGAACUAAUGCGGUUUCCCUCUUUGCGUGAGAUACAGCAAAAUCUACCUCCUCAGUUUUCUAGGUAUCCAAAUACUAGAGUGAUAAUUGAUUGCACUGAAAUCCAUGUUGAAAAACCAUCAUCUUUGAAAGCUCAGCGACAGACUUGGUCUAAUUACAAACAUAACAACACCUAUAAGGCACUAGUAGGAAUAACUCCAGAUGGAACUGUUUGCUUUCUUUCAAACUUAUAUGGGGGGUGUGCUUCUGACAAAAAGAUAACUAGAGAGUGUGGUAUUGUCGGUGAACUUGUUUCUGGGGACUGUGUAAUGGCUGACCGUGGCUUUGAUAUAGCGGACUUACUAAAUCCUAAAGGAGUGCAACUCAACAUUCCCCCAUUUCUCCACGCAAAGGAUGGACAGUUGACACCAGAACAAGUUGAAGAAACUCGUAGGAUUGCCGAAGUUAGAAUUCAUGUGGAAAGGGCUAUACAGAGAAUAAAAUCUUUCCAGAUUCUUCAGGGAACUAUACCACUAUCUCUCCAUGAUCUAGUAGAAGACAUAUUCUUGACAUGUGCUAUUUUAACAAUUUUUCAAACUCCCAUAAUUAAAACCAGUUGUGAUUGAAUUCAUUCAUUUAGGAAUGUUUUUUAUAUAUCUAAUGAACAAAUGAAAAUCUUGGAUGAAAUGUUAAAACUAGAAGACAUUAUAAGUGAUCCAUGAUUUGUGUGUUGCACAUCUAAAUCAAACACAAAUGUUACUUCAAAAUAAUAUUUAAUGUGAAUAUUUAGUGUUCAUAAUCAAUAUAUACAUGUACAAGGAAAUUCUAUAUAUAUAUGCAGUAAAUGUACUACCAGCAUUAUAAACUCUAAUAAUAUUUCAUAUUCUGUCAAUAUUGAUUGUCGCUAUUACAGUUACUGAGAACCAAGGUCAGGCUUUACAAUAUUCAUCAAAAUUUGAAUAUUUAUAUUAUAUCUCUGUAUGUUUUGCUGAUACUAAGCUUUGCGAAUUAUAAAUGAUUCAUAA